AUGUGCGAUCGAUCAUGUUCCGCAAAAGAGAAACAGGCUUGUUUCUUGCGACGGCCAGAAUUGGGAACUGCUGCUCGGCAAUCUCCUCCCUUUCGCUGCCUUCGCCGUACCAAAGGCAAGGGGGCACCUGCUGUCUGCCUCCCCGCCCACGCGUCAGCACAUGCCACGCUUGCACACGACAAUUACAUGUCGAGGAUGACGGCAUGGGCUGAGAAUGCCUCUCAGUUCAACACCGCACCGAGCAGCUUGACCGACGUAAAGCCCCUUGAUGAGGCACCUAAGCAACGUAAAAAGAAAGUCACGUCACGUCCUGCCUUGAAGGGCCUCUCCCAACGCCACCUGGUCUACGCGCCCCUCCUCGCACAGCACACAUCUGAUGGUGCCAAGGAAUCAGCGACCAUGUCUGCGUUUCCUAUGUUCGAUCCCUCUCGCCUCACGAAGAAGUCUGCCGCUGCGCAAUACUCGUCUGAUUCUGAGGAAGACAACGACGACGAGUUCACCACCUCGAUUGUCGAUCCCGCCGCUGGAGAUGACUUCCAUAACUCGAAUCCACGGAAACGACGUCGCGUUGGGGAGUCCAAGGACCGCGCAGCUUUGGGUAUCUUUGCCUCUGACAGCGAGGAUGACGGCCCGGGCAAACGCUGGAAGAAGAAGACGCUUCGCGGCAAGGGCAUGAGUUUCGUAUCUACAGGGACAAUGGCCAACGCCCAAGACGAAAAAGAAUAUUCGGACGACAGCGAUCGAAACGGACCACCAGCAGCCGAGGAUGAUGACGAGGAAGAGGAAGAGGAAGAGGCCGCUGGGGUUGGCCUGGGAUUUCGGUCAGCAACGUAUGGCGGGCUCGGCUUCGCACCGGCGACUAAAGACGAAGAUACAGAGAUGCAGGGUCAAGAUGGUACCCCAUACAAGCCUUCCUUCGUGAAAACAAAAUUUGACGGGCGCAACCCACUGGGCCGUGGGUUCGUACCAUCAUCAGCGCGACAACCUGUGUUGACAAACUUCGAGGAUGAUGAGAAGCCGAAGAAACCGACUAUUGCACGGCCAAGUGCUUUUGCGCCGUCUCGAGACGGCAAGGGCAACACAAGCAAGCCGAACCCCAAAUCUUUUGGGGCGCGCAUGAUGGCCAAGAUGGGCUACGUCGAGGGUACCGGUCUUGGUAAAGAGAGCCAGGGACGAAACGUCAUCAUUGAAGCCAACCUUCGACCUCAAGGUGUUGGUCUAGGUGCGGUCAAGGAAAAAUCCGUGUCUGAACGGCGUGAAGAGAAGCGGCAGGCCGAGCUGCGCGGCGAGGUCGUCAUCGAUUCGGACGAAGAAGAGAGGAAGAAGAAGCGCGAGAAGAAGAAGAAGCUGGGCGCCAGUGGUGUCAGCAGUGGUACCAGUACUCCUCGACGACAGAAGACGGCAUUCAUCACGGCAGAGGAGAUCAAGAGGACGGCACCCGGUCUACACAUUCCUGAUGCUUUUGCGCCCAUUCUCGACAUGACAGGCCCAGGCAACAAACUUCUGACAUCGGCCUCUGGAUUGUUAACACCCACAUCUGCCGCCGCGCCUGAAUCGGCUGAAGCGAUAGAAGCACGCAAAAUAGUCAGGCGAGCACAUGCCGACUUGGCGGCUUUCUCGGAGGAAUGGCGGAGUCUCGAGGAGCGGAAGAGCUGGGUCGAGCUAGAGCUGCGACAGCACGAACAGGAGACAGCAGACUUGGCCGCUGACCUGGAAAGAAUGCAGGUGUUUGCCGGCAUCGUCACUAACGAGCUGCCGGUGCCACCGAGUGGCAAGACAGGAUCCGAUGUCUUCAAAAGGCCAUCGAUGCCGUUGGCCCUCCCACUUUGGUACCCCAAGGCCAGGGGUGGCAUCCGAGACUGGGACGUGUACGACCCUGCACCCCUUCUAGCAGUGCUAGAGGCAUGGAACUCUCUACUGCCAGCGUUCGUACGCGCUCAGUUCCUUCAGGACGUGGUACGGAAGCUGGAGACAGCCGUCAGCGAAUGGAACCCGCGCAAGAAGCGCCAGAGCUACAAGCUCCCUCACCUGUGGCUUUUCCCCUGGUUGCAGUACCUUCCGUCCUACCAUCUGGAUCCAAAGAGCACCGGCCUUGUGGCCGAUGUGCGGCGCAAAUUCAGGCAACUUGUUGACGUGUGGGAAUUUGACAGGGGCGUCGUGCCUGGUCUCACGCAGUGGCGCGACGUUCUGGGAAGUCAGUGGCAGCCGCUCAUUAUGUCGCAUGUUUUGCCGAGCAUGGGGCGCUACCUGCGGGAGAAUUUCCGCGUCGACCCUGGCGACCAAGAGCCUUACCUCCCCAUGCUCACAGGGACGCUUAAGUGGUCCAGCGUGCUGGGAUCCAAGGUCCUGGCUGAAGUCAUCGUGGCCGAGGUGUUCCCGCUCUGGCACGACAAGCUAGGCGAGUGGCUUCAGCUGGAGGAGGUCAAUCUUGAGGAGGUGUACGCAUGGUACGAGUGGUGGAGGGACCAAGUGUUCCCAAAGGAGUUGGCCACGCUGCCUGUGAUUACAAAGGAGUUUGACAAGGGAUCACUGACAAUCGAGAGGGCGCUUGAGAGGAUGUAG